AUGCACGCAGCUUCAGGCGGCUACAUACAGGUCGUGCGGUUUCUGGUGGAGAAAGGGGCUCGGAUCUCGGCGAAAGAUGACAUGGGCGAAACGGCACUGAUGAAAGCAUGUAAAGAAGGGCACACCGACAUCAUCCAAUUCUUGGUGGAGGCCCAGGCAGCCCAGCGCAAGAAGGGCCCCUCGCUGAGUGGGGGCAAGGAUGAAGCACAGCAGUCGCUGAUGCGUGAGAAGAAGCGCAUCUUGGACAUGAAGGAUGAUGAAGGAGUGACUGCCCUCAUGAAAGCGGCCGAGCAGGGCGAGGGCGACGUCGUGCAAAUCCUGGCAGACGACGGAGCUUCCCUGGACCUGAAGGACGACGAAGGAUGGGACGUGCUGAUGUGGUCGGCGCUGAGCGGCCACUUCGAGAUCUGUGAGCUCCUGGUGGGAACCUUUGGCAUGUCGCCGGACUACGCCACAGAGAAAGGAGAGACGGCUUUGAUGAAAGCAGCGGCCAACGGCCAUUGGGACGUGUGCGAGUUCCUGAUAACGGAGGGGGCCAAGGUGAAUCAGCUGGAUCAGCACCACCAGACCGCCCUGAUGUGGGCCGCCUCGGAGGGCCACCUGGCCACCGUGACGGGCCUGGUGAAGAAGGACGCCAAGGUGGACCAGGUCACCAAGCAGGGGAAGACGGCUCUCCUACUCGCCGCCCAGUUCGGGCGCCAGGAGAUCUGCAAGUUCCUGAUCAGCAAGGGCGCAAAGGUGGAGCAUCAGGAUGAGGAUGGCCAGACGGCCCUCUUCUGCGCCGUGCAGGCUGGCAACCAUGAGCUCGUCACGAGCCUGAUCGAGCUGAAGUGCCCGAUUGAAUCUAGGACCGCCCGUGGCGAGACCGCGCUGAUUUGGGCCGCCAUGAACCAGCAGAUGCUCUGCGUGAAGACCCUCCUUGCCCAUGGCGCAAAUGUUCACACCACCGACGAGAACGGCCAGACUGCGCAAGAUCAUGCAGAGGGCACGCUCAACAGCCACGUGGUCGAGGCGAAGCGAAGAAACGCCCAGCAAAUAGCAAAGGGUUUUGGGGGUUUGGGGGCCCGGGCAUCAUCAACCUGUGGCUUGAAGACGCCCUAUACCCUAAACCCUAAACCCUAA